AAACCCCCGAAGAAGAGGAAAAAACAAGGCAGACAAGUGAGCGCCGCGGCAGCCUCUGCAGCCAGUGACCGCUGUCCGCCUACGACGACCACGACCACGAUAUCGUCGUCGUCUCAGGUCAAGCCAAAGCCGGGUCAGAUACGGAUUACGAGCUGUGCGGAUGGAACCACAAUGUUCGGAUGUCCAGAGUGCCGGGCCGAGUACUUGGACAAGCAUCUGCUGGAGGAACACCUGGGCACACAUGCAACGGAACGGCGGUUCGUGUGCGAUAUCUGCGGUGCAGGGUUGAAGCGMAARGACCACCUGACGAGACACAGACAGAGCCACAGUUCAGAAAGGCCGUAUGCCUGUACGGUGUGUGGUAAAGCGUUCAAGCGUAAGGAGCAACUAACCUUGCACAAGGUGGUGCACACAGGUGAGAAGAGGCAUGCUUGUAUAGAGUGUGGCCGUGCGUUUUACAGGAAAGAUCACUUGAGAAAGCACGCUAGGAGUCAUGCGGCUAGAAGGGAYAAAAGUGGUGGACAGACGUGUUAGAYGAAUAAAUGACGAAAAUGAAAACGAUUUAACCACAAAAAGAUUUGCCAAUUUGUUUAUUAAUUUUCAUCCGUGUACAUAUUACAAUACAAUAUUAUGUAUAUUAUAUUCAACUCUUGCAAAUACUGUCGCUUAUAAACUAAUAUUAAAGUACUAUACGUGAGUGCAUUAUAUAAUGUCAUUGACAUUAUAA